GAGGGACCUGCCGCACCCCUGCUCUGUGCCCGACCCGCCUACGAAGGAAACCCGGGGGAAAAACACACAUUUGGUUCUGUUAAGCACCGCGGCAGGCUUAAUACUCUACACAGAAAGUGAGGCCGAAUAACGUGCACAUGCCGAGUACUGGAGGAGAGGCUGAAGGACAUCCUGUUUUGUUUCAGCAGUGUUGUUAUUCUUUGGGGUGAAAUGAAGAAUUUGAUUUUGUUUUGGAAACACUCAUAUUUCUGAUGCAACUGAACUUCAGUAACCUUUUUGCAGUACAGAUUUCAACAAUUUUUUUUUUCUCUUGAACUAAGAUGCAGAACUUGUCGGUGGUAGAAAGUCUUGGUAAUACAGACAUAUCACACUGUGAGCCUCCAAAAGACCUGGCAGCUGAGGCAGGUGGCGUGUCUCUCCAUGAAAGUGGCUGUAACUGGAAUGAAGGAACAAGUAAUGAAGAAAUGUUUAAUCUUGAAGCAACGCAGCAAAGCCUCCCUGUAAUGAACAGCGAAGGGAGAAGUUGUGAGGAGUUUUCUGAGAGCAGCUUUAGUACCUCAGAACCCAGUGGUUCCUGGGGUGAUUUUGAAGGCUUCAGAGAGCCCUUAGAGAAAUCAGAGAGAUUCAGUCACAACCUUGAAAUUUUGGUGAAGUCAGCAAAAACCUGGGGAGCCGACCCGGACCUAAGCAGCAGAGGCUGCAGCAUUUCUGCUGCCCACGUGUGUGCUGAGCCAUCCCCGUGCCAUGGGAUGCAGGAGGCUUCGGGCUCUCUGAGUGAGGAAGACCACAGCUAUGAGAAGAUAUUUAAGUUAGGCUUUCCAGAAGUCUUUGUACCACAAUCCAGAGAGUGCAUAAGAAGCUUAGAGCAAGUUCUUGAUGCAAAUAAUGAAGAUGUUUGGAUUCCUGAACUUUUGAAGAAUCAACUUUGCAUGGAUUCUGGAAAGAUAUGGAGAGCACUCAGAGACUUUGAUAAUACCCCCAGAUCAAGACAUCCCUGGAGUAAAUCUCAUUGCCAAGAAAACCUCUUGAGAGUUCUCGGAGUAGAUGCAAAUGAAAAGGACAUUUCAGAAAACCAAGCCGAUAUUUUCGAAGAAUCAAAUGUCAAAGAUAAUGAGGACUUUAGAUUUGAUGGAUUCAGUGUUAAUGACUGCAAAACAUUGAUCCAGACCAAGCUUUCUGUGCCACCGGACUCCAGACAUGGUCACCUUUUCACCUGUAACCUCUUUUUGAAGACCACAUCAUCAAAUGAAAACACACAGUGUAUAACAAUCCCAAGGAAGAAGCAGAUUUUUUCUACACACAACCUAAAAAUGAAAUUUUUCAGUAGUGAUGUUUGUUGAACUAAAUGCAAGUUUUAGCCUUUUUUUUUCCUUUUGUUUUUUGAAAAGAAUGCAGUUUACCUUCAUUUUGUUACUGACUUGGAACUAUAGACCACAUUCUUUAGGAAAGUGACAUAUUGCUGUAUAUGUGGGACCUAAGGCCACGUUAUUAGAAGACAUUUCUCCUGUUUAGUUGUGAAGUCAAAUUUUGUAAUUUUGCCCUGCUAAGUUUUGCUGCAGAGUUGUGUCUCUUACAGUAAAUGCUGCAGCUGCAACCACGCUUCAAGAUAACUCUGGUGGACUCUCCUGAUCUACUGACCUUUCAGACCUUAAUGCCUCUUCAAUCACAACCCUUUUUCCCUGCCAAAAUCUACACAAGUCUCAGGUGUGUUGUAACGUGCCUUGUCACCAUCUCUCCUCAUACUUGCUCCAGUUUGGAUCAGCUGAGACCUGUGGCUUUGCCACUACUGGAUGUGAUGAGAAGAGCCUUUCUUCAUUUGGGGACUUUCAGUGGGGUUUAGCAGAAUAAAAGUGUUUUAAUUUCUGUCUGGUGAAGCCUGCUGUGGUGAUAAGGGUGGAGGCAGCAAAAUGCUUCAUUCUGGGAUUGAUUCCUGGCUGAAAUAA